CAUCAUUCCAUUUUUGCAUUCACAAUUCUAUAUUCUUUAUGUAUAAAUUCGUCUCAUUCUAGUUUUGCAGUGCAUAGGUGAAUUCGUUUCUGCAGAGUGAAUAAAUAGUAAAAAAAAUAGUGAAUAAUUUUUGUGCCAAUUUUUUAAACUAAAAACAAACACGGAGAUAGAACCUUGUAAAGCUGCGAAAACAUUUUGUAGAAAAAUCCAAACGCUUGCUGGAAAGACCGGUGUUAGCUGCAAUUGGAGUGCAGUUUCCCAUUUUUUUUGCAAUAUUUUUGCCAAAAAUAUGCAAGCGAAAAAACGUUGUGAAAAGAAUUACAAGAAAAAAACAACAAUGAAUUAGAAUAUAGAGGGAAGUGUAGUGUAUAUCGAGCAGCCGUUGUGUAUAUAGUGAAACAAUAGUGCGCCGAGCUGCGAAAUUGCAAGAACUGCAUUAGAGCAAAGGGAAUAAAUUAAUAAUGGAAAACGAUUGCUCUAAUUUGUGAAUUUGGUAUGCUUAGAUUGUUGUCAAAGUUAUCUUGAAAGCAAAUUUCACGGCUCAAAUAUACGAAAUCACUGCUUUUGCUAACUGGUGGCAGUUUAUUACACUGCAGCAGUGAUAGACAAUCACGGGCGAGUCGUAUAAAACAAAAAGAAAAAAACAGCAACAACGCUUGCAGCUCUCCGUCGCGUCGCACAAGGGUACGAACGACGAAGACGGAACUACAGCAGCGCGGAAGAAGCAGCUGAUUUUCCAUCUUGUUCCGGCGGUAGUGGUAGUAGUGGUAGUGGUGGUGGUGGUGGUGUUGGUGCUGCUUCUGCUGUUGUCUCGCAGUUGCGCUGACUGCGGCAGAGUUUACAACUUGUCAAGCAAGAAGUGAAGGCAACAAAACAAAAGAAGUGAGAGAGUAUAUACAACAAAAAAAAUUUAAAUAAAUUCUAGUCAAACUCGAGAACAAAACAAACAAAAAAUAAAAUAAUAUAAAUAAAUAGAAAACUAAAAAGUGCACGGAUAAAAGUGGCAGCCGAAGAGAGAGCAAGGAAGUGUGUGUAUGUGCAAAAAAGUGAUUAUAAAUAUAUAUAUAUGUACAUAUAGUUAUAUACAGUAUACACAUGAAAUAAUAAGAAACUUUAAAGUAACCGCCAAACAUUCAAUAAAAUGACUUUACAAGCGCUUUUCUCUUCACGCGCCAAUUUGUCACCUUCGCUUUGCGUGCAUUCUUCGCUCGACGCUUUGUGCUCUACACCCGCAGAGAGGAUUACGCCGUUGCUAUCAACAGCAGUCAUGCAUAGCGCUCAAUACCUGGAAUUUAAGGCUUUGCGUGUUGUGGAAGUGUAAAAGUUUAAAGAGCGGAGCCGGGUUGUGUAUACGAGUUUGAAGGCCGUUUCUAAAGACUUCUGCGUAACUGAGCUAAACAGUUUGGCGUCACUUCUUCAAUGUAAUGUACUUAAACGUUUUCGCUGUUUUAUGUGAAUAUAAACAUACCAUAUAACAACAACAAUAACGUGCUCGCUCUUUGUGUACAGUAUUAGUCGUGUUUUAUGCAUAGACAUAAACAAAAAUAUUUACAACUACAAAAUAAAGCAAGACAGCGAAAUUUCGCCUUUUCAGCGGCCAUAAAAUUGAAUUUAAAUAAAUGAACUGUGAUUAUGAGUUCCACAAAAUCGCAAGUAGCUAUCGCUACAAAUAUUCCAAAUCUAUCAUCGUCAUCACAAUCUCAAAAAGAGUACAGUACUGAAGAGCCUCUCGGACGGCAAAAUAGUUUUGGCAAUAAUCGCAGAGGCAACAUGAAGGGCAAGCAUUUGACGCGUAGUCACGCCAUGCGCGAAGCCACAUCGCCACCGCGCACACCGACACCACGUGCCGAGCACGGACAGGUGUCACCGAACGGUCAGUCGUCGAACAAUUACCAACAACAACAACAUCACCAUCCAGCACAGCAACAGCAGCAGCAUAUAGAUGGCAAUGAGAAUGCACACAACAACAAUAAUAGCAAUAUUAAUAGCAGCAAUAAUAAUAAUAACAACAACAACAAAUUGCAUGCACAAUCAAAUGCAGCCCGUGGCAAUUCACCGAUAAUCGAAGCGCCAGCCGUGAUUGUAACUAGUCAGCAUAAUCAGCAGUCGCAACAGCAACAACAACAGCAAACGAAUGUUGCAUUAUGCAACGAAGCCGAGUUCCCCAAGCUAACACCGCCAAAAUCGACAAAGGGCGGCGGAGGCGGCAGUGGUGGUAGCGGUGGAGGUGGUGGAGGCAGCGGCGGCGGCGGUGGUCAGCGUAACAGCAAUAAUAACAACAGCAGCAAUAGCAAUAACAGUAAUAGUAAUGGCGUCGCCGAUGGCGGCAAUAACAAAAUAGAAUAUAACAACAAUAAUGGCAGAAAAUCCGCAAGCGGCAGUGUAAAUGGCGGUGGAAAUGGCAGCGGCGGCGGCGGCGGCGCUGUCUCUUAUGACUCAACAAAGAGCGCUAGCAGUGGCAAUGGCAACAGCUGCAACAACAAACAUCAGCAAUACAAUGCCAGCAAUGCUCUACACCAAGCGCUCAAUGUGGGCGAAUCGGGUGCGCGUGGCGGCGGCGGGGGCGGCAGUGGUGGCGCUGGUACAUCGCUGCACAAUUCCGGCAUGAACUAUCAGCUGAAUGCCAAUGACAGCCAACAGCAGCAGCAAACACAUCAUCAGAUCACCUACGACAAGGAGAACCGCUGCCCACGCAACGACAGUCAGAACAGCAGCAUGUCUAAUAUGCAUGAUGACGAUUCGCCACAACAGCAGCAACAGCAGCACUAUGAGCGUCAAGGUGGAGGCGGCGGCGGCGGUGGUGGUGGUGGAAAGAAGCAUCGCACCAAUUCCAACUCGAAAGGCAAUAAGCCGCGCUUGAAGAAUAUCGGUGGCUCAUCUUCGGGCAGCGUAGAUGGUGGCAACUCGAAUAGCAACAACACAUCGGGCUUCAUUUCAAGAGUUUUCAACAACUCAGAGAACUCGAGCGAACAAUUUACGGAUCAUGGCGGUACCGAUUUGUUCAGCUUCUUCAAGGAGACACUCAAUAAGCAUCCGAAAGAUCGACACUUCCUACUGAAGGUGGAGAAGGACCUAACCGAAUUUGUGCAGGAGAAGAGUCGCGGUGAGUUACGCUUCCCACCGGCUUCGUCGUACAACCGCAUGCUGAUCCACCGCACAGCGGCCUUCUUUGGCAUGGAACACAAUGUCGAUACCGAGACUCAGCAGUGUGUAAUUGUUGCGGCCACCAAGAGUACGCGCAUACCCGAGAUUCGUUUCAAAUCUUUGGUGCGCGAUCAUCGUGAUGACACACGCAAGUCAAUAUUGAAACGCGACACGCACAGUUUCGAUGAAGCACGUCAAAGCAGUUACCUAUGCCCGGAUCGUGGCAGCAUGCUGGAUCGCAAAGCCAAAAGUUUUGAGGAGCGCGAGGAAGACUAUGAGCGUGCGCGCAGUCGUAUAUUCAACCGCAGUCAAAAUGACAAUGGUGAGGGCAUGGAUGAUGGCUAUAUGAAUGUGAGCUGGACACAAUCGGUGGAGCACCAACAACAGCAGCAGCAACAUCCACAAAAUCGUUCACGUCCGAAUGGGAAAAUGAUGAAGAUGCAGAACUCUAACGAAUCACGCGAUGGCCGUAGCGGCGGUGGCGCUGUACCGAAAUCACACAAUUUCAAUAAUUAUAGCGGUGGUGGUUCGCAAGGCGGCGGCGGCGGUACACCUCUGAUGCGCGGCGACUCCGGCAGUUCGAGCAAAAAUGGUGGCUCCGGCGGCGCGCGUUCGUACUCGAAACAAGAUUCUGCAGGCAGCAACAACACGCCAUGGCGUCUAUCACCAUCUAGCAGCGGUUAUAAAACUCAGACACAAUCGUUGUAUUCCGAUUCGGUAACACCAUCACCCAAUGGUUAUUGUAGUGAAGAUCAAGCAACGGAGCCGCAAUACAUGCUGACAACGGACGGUAUACCGGUGUGCCAAUUACCAUCACCAGCCCACCAUAUAACGCCACAUCUGCAUUUGGUGUGCGGUGCCGGCAUACUGCCAGCGCAUUGCUCCGAUGCGACGCUCACGCCAACGCCGACACCAUCAAUGGAGGACGUCGCGCCGCUACUGCCGAAUCGUGGUCUGGUGUGGGCCGUCACGGACAUUUCGAGUGUGCCCAAAGGCAGCGUGCUAAUCAAUCCGCAAACAUUGCAACCAUUUGUUAACCAAGACGGUUCAAUUUAUCACUUUGACCCGUCCAAUCUGCCACCCAAUCAACAAACAACGUACCAUCCAAAUCAAGGCAACAGCAACAACGCCAGCUAUGCACAACAACCGUCGCCACAGCAACAGCAGCAGCAACAACAACAAGUGCAAGAAAUCACCACAAAGAAGCAUAAAAGUACACAACAGUUGUCAACACCAUCACCAAUUGACUCGCCAGCAACAACACCAACACCACAAAUACAUUUGCAUUGUAAAAAUGUUGCCUGCAAUGAAGGUGUAGUAGUCACUAUACCGCUAGCCGAGUCUGUAUCUGAGUCCUCAACACAAACGGUAGCAAUGUGUGGCGAUAUAAAUUGCGAUGGUAUUGGCCUGGAAAUGCCUAUCAACGCUACCGAAGAAGCCUCUACCCAAUCGGGCGGUGAUGAAUGUGACAAUACAUCGGCCACUGGCUGUUUGAGCAUUACCACCACAACUUCCACCAAAAGUUAUGAUCGCAUUGAGGUGCAAAAAUUUAAAAACCAAGCAACUAGUCCGAAUAUACCCGCUGAUAAGGAUGAGUUGCCAAAGCAGCGUGAGAGUACCACAGCUUUGGAAGGUUCAACAGUGCGCGAUCAACAACCAGUGAUUGUGUCACAGCCAACUGUACCGCCACCACCAAGUCAAACGCCCACAAAUAGUGUCAAUAUGCCGUUGCAUCGUGAGACACCACAUUCUGCGCGCUCAACACCGUUCAGUAGCAGUGAGUCAACACAAGCGAAAAAUCGCGCUUCCGAAGAACCCAAACCCACAGCGUGGACAUAUACUCAAAGCUACCAGGCACCGGAUGGCUCCACCGUCUUUCAUACGACCACAACACCCAGUGGCACGCCAUAUUGCACCACGACAUAUCAGCAGGGGCCUGAUGGUAGCGUUUAUGCCAUUCCACAGGGCAUGGUCUAUGCCUAUCCGCCGCCAGUUGUAAGCCACGCCCCACAGAAACAGUUGAAAUGUCAAUUCAAUUCGUUGUCUGUUUUACAGGAGGGCGAAGUGCAGAGCUAUUUCAUGCCUGUCUUUGAUCCAAAUCAACCGCGUACCGAUGCCACCGGCCUAAUACCAACCGGAGCGCAAGCCAUAUACCCGUCAGCCGCCGCAGCCGCUGGGAGUACAGCUACAAUGGUACCCGUUGCAGCUGCAUAUCCGACUGCACAAUUCGCCACCGCCAACGGUACGCCCAUCUAUCCGGGUCAAUUGAUUUAUUCGAGUGAUCAAUUUGCAACCGGUGCUGCUACGGUCGCUGCUGCAGCGCCGGCGAACGGACAACUGCAGCAGAUACCGAUGACCACCUAUCCGAUUGGAUAUCCGUAUGCAUAUAAUGGCUACUGGGGCCAACCGAUGACAUAUUAUGUGCCACAGCAGGCGCUCACGAACGCUGUUGCCGCCACCCCACUAUUGCCAGCUCCGCCACAGCCACAAGGACCAACAACAGCAACCGCCCAAACUGUGGCUGGCCCACACCUCACUAGCGGUAUCAACAUAGCAAAUGGCCUUGUUGCAGCUACGGCGGCGGCUGGACCGCCGUCUAACACCACCGUCGGGGCGUUAGGUAGUAGCAGUGGUAAUAGUAAUGUCAGUGGAGGUAUCCACGCUGCGGGUCAUCAUGUUGUCAAUACCUCCGCGUCCUCGAGUAGCUAUCAGACACAUAGCGGUACAACGUAUUAUGGUACGGGGCGUGUAAAGCGGCCAACAUCUUCACACUACACCGGUCAUCAGAGCGGCGGCCAUCAACUGGUUACGGCAGCUAUCCCAAGUAACGGCAGUGCAACUACCACAUAUCAAUUAGGACACGCAGUACCCACUCUCACACUGGCGCCUGCACCGGGUAGUGCAGCAGCAGCAGUCGCCGCCGCCGCCGCAGCAGCAGCAGCAGUGAACACAUCAACAGAUCUCAAUGUCGGCAGUGCAGCUACACCAGCCACAACCAUGUACACGCUGCCACAACAUGCGGCGCUCCUGCAUGCUAACAUAUUCCCAUAUGCGCCCGCUUCAGCUGCAGCCGCUGCCGCCGCUGCUGCCGCAGGCUCAGCUACAGGUUUAGCUGCCGGCACACCACCAGUGCACACACCGGGCGCACCACCAACGGCAACGCCACAGUUAGCUGCUGCGAGCAUGACUGGCGCUGCAGCUCAUGCACAACCAACAAAUGCUGUGAUCACCCCAUUCUACGCUCAUCACCCGCCCAUGACAGCUGCCGCACAUCCCACACACGGCAGCGCCACCGUGCAUACGCCCGGACCAGCUGCCAUACCAAUCGUCGAUCCCAGCACGCUGACGGCAAUCUCACAUCCCACACCGACCGGUGCAAACAGUUCGAAUAAUGUGACGCCCGCAUACAGCGGCUGCGGUAGCGCCUCACAAUCAGCGCCCAGCACGCCACACUCCGUGCCUACUCAAACAGCGCAGCGCAAUCCGCCACUUUUCUCCACACCGCCCAUCAUGAACUCGAAUGGCGGCAGCAACAACGGUGGCUACAGCGGCAGUUCCACACCGCAAUACUACACUGUGAGCACUGGUGGCGAUGGUGGUGCCACACUAAUGAGCAGUCCACAUGGCAACUCUUAUGUACAACACGAGAAGCGCAACAACAACAAUUCGAAUAUGAAUAACAGCAAAAAGCCGCCAGCAUAUCCAAGCAACUCUCUGAGUCGGCAGAACUCGUCAUCCUACAAUGGCGGUGGCGCCUCAAACGGCAAACCGCCUCUAUUAGGCGGCAACAACGACACACGCGCCUCGCCAAAUAGCGGCGGUGGCGGAUAUCAAGGCUCACGACCGCACGGCAUGAACAAACGUGGUGGCGGCGACAAACCUCAAACGCCACUACUCAGCGGUCCACCCAGCUAUGGCAGCGGUCCUACCGUUUCAGUCUUAAACAGCAAUAACAACAGCGGUUACCACGUACACCACAACAAUACGCAAGUUGAUGCCAAACCGCCAAUACGUCUGAAUGCCGGCGCGGCUACUUUCCGUCAAAAGGGUAGUGGCGCCGGCGUUGGUGUCGCCUACGAAUUUAGGCGCAGCGCCUCACAGCGUAACUCCCCUGGCACGGCCACCAACAGCAGCAGUAACGACAACAGCAGCAACACAUCGCCGAAUAGUAUAGUAGGUUCAACCGGCGGUGGUGCCAAUACGCCCAAUUGCUAUGCCACCACAGCUACGGGCUACGGUGGGGAUCAUCAAACUGUGGCCACCGCAACUGGCACGCCACUGUACAUAGCGUCAGCACGUGGCGCACACAUUCCACCACAACUGCAACACGGUGGUAUGGUGGCGGCCGCCGCUGCUGCUGGCGGCACGGCAGCCGGUCUAGCGGGCACACAACAAGCCACCACAGCGGCGGUGUUGGGUGGUGCGGCGGCAGCUGAGGUAGCAAAUGCGGCAGCAGCAGCUGUGGCGGCAACCGUAGCGCAUCAUCAGCCUUUGCUGAGCGCUUACCAGCCAGGUGCAUCGGGCGUUUACAUCAAAUACGGACAGACGUAUUAUGCACAUCCCUCAGUCGCUCUACCAAAUAGCCGACGUUCGCCCUCAACAGAGCUGCGACCUGCGAUGGCGCCCGUCGCUGGCAUGUAUCCAACCGUCAACAUGAUGAUACCAGCUGCGCCACGACACACGCAAGGACGUCAUCCGAACCCCAACUAUAAGGGCAAUCGACCACGUUAAGAACAGCGCUGCUGGUACACAGUCAGCAGCACGUAAAAAACAAAAAUAAAACAACAAAAAAUCAGUGCAAGCAUUGCCAACAACACACGCUGCGCGCAACUGCAAAGGAGGAAUACAUGCAAACGAUGACGCUAUACCAAAACCUAAAAUUAAGUUUAAGCUAAAAACAAACAAAAAAAAAAAAA